CGAGCUUUCCAUCAGUCUUCCACUUUCGUCUAGUUUACUCGAUUAUAAAAGGAUCAGUUGUGAAUAUGGCAUCAGUUUGUGCGGUGGUGGCUCACAUUUUUCUCUGUCUAAACAUCGUCAAAGUUUGCUCAGUGAACUCGUCAGAGCUGACCGGAGAUAUCCCUGCAACAGAACCGUCAUUCCACAAUCCUGCUCGAGACAUGAUGACUGUUAAUAUGUACAGAGUUUAUGAUAAAUACAGCAAGAAGCAUCAUCAUCAACAUCGACAGAACGCCAAUACAAUCCGAAGCUUUAGAGGAGUCCAAGAGCUGUCCCACCACAAAGUUGUUUUCCGCUUCAACCUGACCUCCAUCCCCGAUUCAGAGACGAUACUGACGUCAACUCUGCACUUUCUUGACCAGCAAGUUCGUCAGCGGCCUUGGGCCUGCCGUCGUUCCCGCGGAUCCGCAUGCCGUCUCCAGUACCUUCAGUCACUCACCACAACACGUCUCAUCAUUAGAGGAACAUCACCAAACGCUGCCAUCCCCUCUCAGCUGUGCAACAUCACACUGUCCCCUAGCAGAAAGGGGCUUUGGCAGAUUACAGACGUAUCAUCAGCCAUCAAACAAGCCCAUGUGAACGGCGAACUAUCGAUUGCCGUUGAGUUUGACUUCGGUCCCCACAGACGUCAUGAUCGUUUGCCUCCUCACAGUCUGCCGUUCAUUCUUGUAUACGCUGAUGACGUUGCCAUAACUGAACCAAACAGCAUUGCUAUGAGUUUGCAGAGAUACAGUCCGUCUACUGUGGUUGAUGAGACCAGGACCAAAGCGUCCACAGCUUCUUUAAGCUCUAGAAUCAGAAGGGAACUGGAUCACUUGGAGAAUAACUACCUUCCUGACGUCCAGUACAACGACCUGAAGAGCAGGGAGUUCUGGGACAGCGGCUUUUUUGCGAAAAAGCCCAAACCAUUGUCAAAAGGCCAGGGCUAUCACGAGGGAUCGAGAGGGUCGCAGGAGCUCACCUUUGACGAGAAGACCAUGAAAAAAGCGAGACGCAAGCAGUGGAGUGAACCGCGAGUGUGUGCGCGCCGGUACCUGAGGGUGGACUUCGCAGACAUCGGUUGGAGCGAAUGGAUAUUAGCGCCGAAAGCAUUUGAUGCCUACUAUUGUGCAGGAACCUGUGGAUUCCCGAUUCCAAAGGUUGUUCAUCCCUCCAAUCAUGCGACCAUCCAGAGUAUAGUGCGAGCCGUGGGGAUCGUGCCUGGCGUCCCAGAGCCGUGCUGCGUUCCCGACACGAUGAGCUCUCUGGCUGUGCUGUUCCUGGACUCCAGCAGGAACAUGCUAGUGAAGGUCUAUCCCAGCAUGUCUGUGGAGACCUGUGCCUGUCGGUAAGGAGAGCAAGCUCAAUAAUGGACAUAUAGAUAAAUACAACCUGCAAAACAAUGAACUCAGCUCAAGGGACUGCCGAAAAUGAACUUUAUAUCUCUGCAAAUAAGACCUCGACACCUCAAACAGGCUAAUAUUGGAUCUUUGCACACAAACAUUGUAUCCUCUUUCCACUCUCUUUUUUUUUUUUUUACGAAUUGUAUAUAAUCCUUAUUGUAACAUAUAGUAAGCCAAGCUGUUUUUGUUUUGAAACAAGUACAAAGCAAAUUUAAAAGAACCUAGUGAUUUAAACGGAUUUACACUUUAUUUUA